AUGAAGUAUUAUUGCCAUCUCAUUCAAAUCAUUGCUAUAACUGUGGAGGAAGAGGGAGAUAUUGAGAAAUUUAAAGAUUACAAGGUUUCUGAAUCUGCUGGUCUUACUGAAGUUCAGCCACCAUUGAACGAGCACAAUCUAAAAAGGAGGGCAUAUGCUGUGCAUUUCUCGCCCAAUCCGUCGCCUCGAUCUGACCAUGGCUCCGGUUCCAUUGAAGCCCUCGCCCAGCCUCGAGGCCCGCGACAUCGUCCGCGACGCUGUCCGCGCCGACUUGUCGCCACCCUUGCCUCACCCACCGCUCUGCCGCUGCGGGACGACCGGAUCCAGACCGAGGUCAAGUUCGGGGCGACCGUCGACCCCGACCUCGACCUCGCCCUCGCCGCGCUCAGGGUCCUCUGCUGUGAGGAGAUCGACGGGAGGAGGUGGAGUUAUGUGCUGGACGACGUGGAAUGCCCGCCCGGAACUAAGGCGCGGAAGGGACCGUCUCUGCGCGCCGUCCCGAUGCAGAGCCCCGUGGAUCCCUUGGAGGAGUUGAUGUCAUUCGUAAGAUCGUAUGUAGUGCCUGAAGGUUUUCCUGACAGUGUGACACCUUCUUAUGUCCCAUAUAUGAGAUGGAGGGCUUUGAAGCAUUUCUUUGGUGGAGCCAUGGGUGUUUUCACAACACGGACACUGUUAAACUCUGUAGGAGUAUCCAAAAAUACAGCUGCAUCAGGUGCUGUUGCCAUCAAUUGGAUACUCAAGGUAAAUUCUUUUUUUUUUCCCAGAAAAAUUAGUAGUCUAUGUUGAAUUCACUUAUUGCUUAUGUAAUGA